GACUGGAGCAGAGGAAGAGGAAGGGAGUGCUGUGGCUGUAGCCAAAACAUGUUACAAUCUUUGAUGAUAUAAAGCCAUCAUCUCUUUAGUUUAAUUUUCUUCGUUGAUCAUGAGAAGAGUCACACUCUUUGUCAACGGGUCCAGUACCAAUGGAAAGGUGGUGGCUUUUUACGGUUCUAUGGACGAUCUCCUUUCUGUUGCCAGCUCUAAACUGGGCAUUAGGGCCUCCUGUGUUUACAAUGCAAAUGGUGGUCUUAUUGACGAUAUAGCAAUUAUACGAGAGGAUGAUGUACUCUACAUAUCAGAGGGAGAGUUAUUCAAAGAGCCAGAGGAGGAACAAAAGGCACCUGAGGCUGGUCAGAUGCACACUGAUUGGUUGACGCUUAAUGUUGGCGGCCGUCGCUUCACCACCACAAGGAGCACAUUGGUCAGCAAAGAACCAGACAGCAUGCUAGCUCAUAUGUUCAGAGAAAAAGAUGUGUGGGGCAACAAGCAGGACUCACAGGGAGCUUUUCUUAUUGAUCGAAGUCCUGACUACUUUGAGCCUAUCCUUAAUUACUUGAGACAUGGGCAGCUAAUCAUCAACGAAGGCAUAAAUCCUCUAGGUGUGUUAGAAGAGGCUCGAUUCUUUGGCAUUGAGCAGUUGGCUGAACGACUUGAAACUCUCAUAAAGUCCACUCAGUCUCCUGAUGACCACUCGCCUUUGACCCGGAAGGAAUUUAUUAGAUACCUUUUGGCCACAACCACUAAGGCUGAGCUACGCUGUCAGGGUCUGAAUUUCAAUGGUGCAGAUUUGUCCCGUCUUGAUUUGCGCUAUAUUAACUUUAAGAUGGCCAAUUUAAGAGGAGCUAAUUUGAUUUAUGCUAACCUCAGUGGAGCAAAUCUGGAGAGGGCUGACCUCUCAAUGGCUUGUUUGGAUGGUGCCAAUCUACAAGGAGUAAAAAUGCUCUGUACCAAUGCUGAAGGAGCGUCUCUCAAAGGCUGUAACUUUGAAGAUCCUGCUGGGAGCAAAGCUAAUCUAGAAGGAGCCAAUCUAAAAGGCGUGGACAUGGAGGGUAGUCAGAUGACAGGUAUAAACCUAAGAGUUGCUACACUGAAAAAUGCCAAGUUAAAAAAUUGUAAUCUAAGAGGAGCCACACUGGCUGGGACAGACUUGGAGAACUGUGACUUAUCCGGAUGUGAUCUUCAAGAGGCAAACCUGAGAGGCUCCAAUGUGAAGGGCGCCAUCUUUGAAGAGAUGCUCACUCCUCUGCACAUGUCCCAGAGUGUGCGCUGAAUCUUACUGCACUGCUCAGGAAAAGUAAAAUACUUGUCGCCACUAAUCUAUAAAUAUUCUCAGGGCUGCAUAUGGCCAUCCUAUGUUUUUCACACCCUAAAAUGAAAAGUAAAGGGUAUACAAUGAAAAACAUUAUUUUUUUAAUUAAAAUGAAAGGUCUCCAUGGGGAUGAUGUUGUUUUGCCUGGAAUGUUCCACGGAAUUACAUAACAUCAAUUUAUCCAUGGAGAUGCCCAAAAUGAUAUAAAUUUACAGCACAACAUUCCAGGAAAAGCAAGAACAUUUUAACCAACAUCAGAACAAGUACACAGUGCAGCUUCUUAUUGAGUUAAUGGCUAUUUAUAUUGAACAUGAGAAUGGAGACACCUGAAGGCCAGUGAAUCUUUUAUUGUUAAAGAAACCAUUUGUAUUUUCUAUCCAUGAUGUCAAUGCUACUGAACCAUGCAGCUAUUGAUUGUUGGCCAUGUUGCCUUGGCUUGAUUCAUUUUUGUGGUGCUAAUUUUAUUGUAGUGUUUGCAUCAAGAUGUGUAUUUUGCUAUUACUUGUAGAACAGCAGAUGGCGCUAUUGUAUCACAACCAUAGACUAUAUACAGUCUGAUCACAAGGUGCUAAUGACUGUUGACUGUUUAUACAUAUGUGCUUUCAAUAGACAAUGCACAACAUAAAUACACCUGAUUUAUAAAUGCA